AUGCUUCAGGAUUUAAGCGCCAGCGUCCUCUUUCCGCCGUGUCUGCAGCACACAACUUUUGCUCAAGUUCCCGACAAUGACGAGCAGUUCGUCCCAGACUUCCAGACUGAAAACUUGGCGUUCCACGGACUGCAGCUGAAAAUCAAGCGGGAGCUGCAUAGUCCGUGUUCUGAGCUUAGCUCCACCUGCAGCCAAGAGCGGCCCUUCAAACUCCAGUAUGGAGAGAAGUGCCUGUACAACAUCAGUGCCUACGAGCAGAAGCAGCACGCAGGCAUGAAGCCCUCCAACCCAGUGACGCCACCCUGUAGCACCCCCGUGUCCCCCCUCCAUCAUGGCGCCCCGACCCCCAAACCCGAGCGGGUGUACACCCACGUGCCGCCCUCGAUACCCGAAGCCGCCUAUGCCAUGGAUCACAGAUUUCGCCGUCAGCUUUCUGAGCCGUGUCACUCGUUCCCGUCCCCGCCGACAAUGUCCCGGGACGCCCGGCCCCUGUACCAGCGUCAAAUGUCCGAGCCCAGCAUCCCCUUCCCUCCUCAAGGCUUCAAGCAGGAAUACGCCGACCCACUGUUCGAACCUCAUCCCGCCAUGAUGGGCGCCCCGCUGCCCCACAUGUACCCCGCCGCCAUGAUGAUCAAGCAGGAGCCCCGAGACUUCAACUACGACUCGGCAGAGGUUCCCAGUUGCCAUUCGGUCUACCUGCGACAAGAUGGCUACCUGGCCCACAGCAAUCGGACCGAAGGUUGCAUGUUUGACAAAGUGGCCAGGCACUUUUACGACGACACCUGCGUGGUGCCAGAGAAAGUUGAAGGAGACAUAAAACAGGAGGCGGGCCUGUACCGCGAGGGUCCGUCCUACCAGCGGCGAGGGUCUCUUCAGCUGUGGCAGUUCCUGGUGGCACUGCUGGACGACCCUGCUAACUCGCAUUUCAUCGCCUGGACGGGUCGCGGCAUGGAAUUCAAGCUCAUCGAACCCGAAGAGGUGGCACGCCGAUGGGGCAUCCAGAAGAACCGACCGGCCAUGAACUACGACAAGCUGAGCCGAUCGCUACGCUACUACUACGAGAAGGGAAUCAUGCAAAAGGUGGCGGGCGAGAGAUAUGUUUACAAGUUUGUGUGUGACCCGGAGGCCUUGUUCUCCAUGGCCUUCCCCGACAACCAGCGUCCGGUCCUGAAAAGCGACGUGGAGCGUCACGUCAACGAGGAGGACACUGUACCCCUGUCGCACUUUGAUGAGAGCGCCCCCUAUGCCCAGGAGGCGUCUUACUGCCAACCGCACCCUUACAGCGAGGCCUACGUCUACUAG